AUGAAGCGCGCGGUGCUGCUCUUGGCUCUGUGCCAACUCUCCGCCGCCUGCACCCUCUGCUCGUUUCGAACACCUCCCCGCCCGCGUCCUCUCGACCAGUACAAACUGCCGAAACUGUCCGCAACUCAAUUUGAUCUCGAGAAAAUGCCGAAAUUGUGCAACGCGUCAAAACACUUGCCGGUGGAGCCACAGUGCGGCGCUCAAUUCGAAAAGAUCUUCUGCUCGACGGAUCGGUGGACAGGUUGGCGCGUACAGACGAAAAAUGGGUGUACUACAAUAGCGGGAAUACUUUUUUGCAGAAACCAUCGGAAACUGUCACUCGGUGGCGAACAAAUCGCUGAGCGAACGGGCACAGUGCUCACAGUGUGCCCACCAGAGAGCCGACAACGAAUGGGUUCUGCGCUGGUUCGACUCGCUCGGAAAGCCGGCGGCCGGCAUCACCGAGGGCAACUAUUAUUGGCUUGGAGAUUACGAGAUUUGCGAGGGACUCCGAAGGUAUCCUAUACCAGAGAUGUUGGGAAUUCCGUGUUCCGUGUUCCGUGUUCCGUGUUCCGUUUUCCGCGUUUUUUUCAAUAUUUUUUCCGUGUUCCGUGUUCCGUAAAAAAAAAAAUUCCCGUGUUCCGUGUUCCGUGUUCCGUAGAAGUAAGUUUUUUCCGUUUUCCGUGUUCCGUGUUCCGUAUAAACUAUAUUUUCCGCGGAAAAAUUCGAUCACAAAUUUAUCUCCGGAAAGAUUAGGACAAUUGACGUUUUGUGGUCAAAAUUUGAAAAUUUUCGGAUUCGGACCAUAUUCGUGAAAAGUGGAUUUCAUUUUCAGUCGUUUUUUUGACUGUAGUUGUUUACUGUUGUGUUUUUCGUUUUGUUAUUUUUAUGAAAUUUUCAGUAAAACUUUCACAUGAGUCAAACAGCUGCCUUGUCAGUCAGAUAAUCGAAUUAAACAAAACAUUAUUUUUUAAAAAAUCACUGGAAUUCUCUUGAAAACGCUUUUUUCCGUGUACCGUAAAAAAAAAAUUUCCGUGUUCCGUGUUCCGUAGAGUAAAAUUUUUAUUCCCAACAUCUCUGUCCUAUACCACUCUCUCCCCUUCGCCGAAAUUUUUUGGUGGUUUUUCAACUGAAAACGAUGUUUUUCCGAGUUUUUGCCAUUAUGCACAUGUGUUUUCCUUCAAAACGUUUGCCGCGACCGAUAGGCUACAAAAUGAUCGCAGAGUGCUCGUGUAAAAGUGAAAAUUCGAAGAGUAAUUUCGUUUUUUUUUUUUUAAUUUGGCAAGUUUUGAGAAAACAGGCGACAGAAUCGAAAAACCGUUGGCUCACGAUUGUUCAGCAGACGAAGGCGGUCGUUUUGAGCACAGAGACGGCCCGUAAAACGCAAAAAUCGCUGAGAAAUUUCAGUUUUUGAGGCGCCGCGGACUGAAAUUCACAGAAAAGUGUACGAAUGCAAUUUAAGGUCACAGGCUGUCUAAUUAACAAUUCGGAAAAUAAUUAACAAUUGUUUUACUUCAUUUUUCUCAUUUUCCGAAAAAAAAUCCACAAAUUUCCGAGACCCGCUUUUGUUUUCAACGACACUCCGUUUUAACGCGGCGCUCAAUUUAGCAUUAUUAGCUGUUAACCGACAAUAGUUGUUCAACUGAUCAUUUGCAGCAGCAACAAGUUCUCGGGCAAAUAUUGUCGAAUCGAAAUGGAAGUUCCGGACGCGGGCGUCGAGUCGGGCUGCCCUCAAACCGAUCCGCUUUCGAUCAUUCUCGGCGUCUGCUUCCCGGCGGAUUGUUCGAUUUCCGACCUGACAAAGGUGUCGGGAAGUGAGUGGCGCGCGCCAAAACUACCGUAAUCGUGUCCGUACUUGCAGUGUACCUUCCGUAUAAAUUGCAAGUGGAGUGCGAGUCGCAAAGCCGCUGGUCGAUGGUCACUGUAAUGUUACUGUAAGUUGGAAUGGAUUACUGUACGUCUUCUACCGUAUGCUCAUUGAAGAUUGGCUCUUUUCCUCUGGCUCGUCCCGCAGGCGGUCGCUACUUUUCAGGGAUCCGCCGAUGAUUCCAUCCUCAGCUGCUUCUCCAUUCCGGAGAAUGCUAAGAGAACUUUCUCGACGAGACGGUAGUACGGUAGACUGGAACGAGUACGGUAACCCAAUUUCAGAGACACUCCGAACCUGCACAUGGUCCACGGCCUCGAGUUUUUACUCUUUUUCAGCAUUGUCAGUGGAAUGGUCUACAAUUACAUGCUUCCGUAUAUUGGUGAGUUCUGGAGUGUUGUAUUGCUUCGAAAAUGAUUUCGGUGAACUUUUCACGUCUAGUACACCAUUUUUGUAGUCGAUCACUUUUUGAUACAAUCACUCUGAAAGGUACUGUAGCUCCUUGAAGUUGCUGUCAGCUAGCCAUAACUUCAAGGAGCUACAGUAGUCUUCAAAGUGAUCGUGCAAAAAAGUGAUCAACUACAAAAAUAAAGUUCAAGAUUUGUACUUUGUUUUCAUAGUUAAUCACUUUUUGAUACCAACACUCCUAACGCUACUGUAGCUCUUUCAAUUUAUAGCUACUUUGACAGCAACUUAGAAAUAGCGCUAACUUCAAAGAGCUACAGUACUCUUCAAAAUGGUCGUACAAAAAAGCGGUCAACUACAAAAAUACAGUACUUUUCAUGCAUUUUCCAGAAAACGUGGCGUUCUCAUUCGAGGGCGUCUCCUCGUUCUGGUUCCAUCUCGUCAACAACUACUCGUUCCAAAUCGACGGACUUCUCGCUCUUUCCGCCUUCUACACCACCUAUCUCCUUUUCGGAAACGUUCUGACUCUUCGCUCCGCGUUCGACUACAUCCUCAUGCGGUUCUUCAGGUUCUUCCCGCUUUUCUAGACCCACCGUCAUCGGAUCGCUUUCAGAUUCUGGCCCGCGUACGUCGUCUGCGUCCUCUUCAUGUACGUCAUCUUUCCGGACGUCUCGUCCGGUCCCAUGUGGAUCCAUACGGAUACGAUGAAUCGGUGUGAGGCCGGCUGGUGGAAGAACAUUUUGUUCAUCAAUAACUGGUUCAAUGUGACCGAUACGUGCGUCGAUUUCGGAUACGUCAUCUCCAUGGAAGCACAAUACUAUCUCAUUCUCGUCUUUGUCAUUUAUCUCUCGUGCAAACAAGCGUUUCUCACUCAGGUAAACACCGAUUUUGCAGGAAUUCCGAAAUAUUGUACAUCUUUGAGAUUGUCGCCUACAUUUUCUUCUUCGCCUCCAUCGGAUUCACAUUCUUUCGCGCCUACCGACACGAACUUCCGCCCGCACCGAUGCUCACUUUGGAGCCAGAACCGUAAUCCUUUCUUUGUUAGCAUUUCCAUUAUGCAAAUGCUCAUAUUUAAAGAGUCUGGAAGAUCCACGCCCUUUUCGACCAACUCAUGCUCUCGCCGUUCUCCAGAAUAUCCACGUAUUGUCUCGGAUUCAUCUUCGGAAUCGGAUGCGCCACAGCUUCCGAGGAUCUUCGCGAGAGGGGACUCUCUUAUGUGAGUAUUGUAGUCUUCUGGAACGGUUCUAUGCUUCUAGAACAACGAUAAAUGAAAUCUUCACGUCUAGUACCGUAGUUUUGUAGUUGACACCUUUUUUGUACGACCACUUCUAAGACUACUGUAGCUCUUGGAAGUCAGCGCUCUUUCUGAGGCAAACCGUAACUUCAAAGAGCUACAGUAGCGUUAGGAGUGUUGGUAUCAAAAAGUGAUCAACUGCAAAAACAAAGUAAAAGUCUUAAACUGCAUUUUUCUAGUUGACACCUUUUUCGUACAACCACUUCUAAGACGACUGUAGCUCAUUUAAUCGCAUUUCAGCACCCGCACAAGAUCCUGGCGGUUCUGUGCGUUCUCUCCGGCAUCUACCCGUUCAUCGGAGCAUUUUCCUACGCGUCCAAGGCCAGCUACAGUCCGUUUAUCGACUCGGCCUACGCGGCACUUCACCGUCCUCUCUACGCAUUCGCAUUGCUCUCGCUCAUUUAUCUCUGCCAUCACGGAGCAUUCAGUGAGUUUCGUCAACUUUGAGCGUACAUUUUACACAGCCACAAGGAAUCCGUGUGCUCUGAAAAUUUUUGUGUGAAUUGUUCACGUCUAGUACUAUGUUUUUUCAGUUGACAACUUUUUUGUACGACCAUUCCUGGAGCUACUGUAGCUGUUCAAAGUCGAGCCUAUGCAAAAAGCUUCCAAGAGCUACAGUAGUCUUAAAAGUGAUCGUACAAAAAAGUGGCCAACUACAAAAAUAGAAUACGAUCCGUGUAGAAUUUGGGCGAACACCUUUAAAGCGACAAUAUCCGUUUGCAGAGUGGCUAAACGCGCUUCUCGAGUGGCGCGUCUUCGGUCCGAUGUCGAAGGUGAUCUGGAGCGCGCUGGUCGUCGCCGAACCCAUCAUUCUCUACUUUUUCUCGUCCCUCAACAAACCCGCCUACGCGACACAUUGGAGCACGGUAGGGAAAGGGAAAGAGGGGCACUGAAUAAUUGACGAGCGUCUCGAGCGGAUUGAUGUGUGAUUGGCAUGAAAAGUACCCGAAAGGGAGAAGCGAGGAAAGGGGGUUUAUUCAUGCGAUGCUUCCUUCUUUUCUCUCUUCUUCUUCUUCUUCUUCUUCUUCCGUUUCGGCUUCCUUUCAACACUUUUACAGUAAUCCGCGCAGAGAAAGUCCCUUAAACCCGCGUUUUUCACUUUUCAAUGCCUUCUCCAAUUUGUGCCGCUCGAUUAACGGUCUGAAAAGUGAAAAGUGUCCAUUAGACACAGGUGUCCGCAAAAAGGUUCCGUUUGAUCUACAAAUGACACCCCCCCUCCCCCGCCUAAUGUACUUCUUUUCGCCCAUUCACUUUUUCUGCCCAUUAACCCCAGGUGUGGGUGUCGCGCCACGUUUCUUUAAAACAAUGUAUGUCAGGUGUGGGUGGAGAUAUCAAAAAGUGGUCAACUGAUAAAAUGUGCACAAUUUUGUGAUGAACAUUUUAUUAGUUGACUAUUUGUUGAUAGCUCUUCUGAAAACAGAGAUAUAUCGUCUUGAAUAGAAGAGUCAAUCUACUUUACAAAAUAGCGUACAGUCAAAUCGAUAUAUCUCAGCUGCUGUUGGCGAUAUCAAAAAGUUUUCAACUAAUGAUCUGUUCAUUAAGAAAUUGUGUACAUUUUAUCAGUUGACCACUUUUUCAGAUCUCUAAUAUCAGCUGAGAUAUACCAAUUUGAAUAUGUAUUGUCCUAUUUCACGUUUUCUUUCAGAUGUAUACCUCGAUUUCGACCGCGCUUCUCGCCUACUUCAUCUCGAUGCUCCUGGACAUUUUCGUGACGAGACCCAUCCGAUAUUUGAUUUAUCCGGAGCAAAAACAUCGAUACGCACAGGCACACACUCAGGAGCAACCGGCUCGUUGA